CUCCCUCCAUAGCUGCAAAGCAACUCUUCAUCUUCCCUUCCAUUUUCCACAUGGUGAAGAAGCCUCGAGUUCCAGAGGUUCUAUGGCGCCUCUUCUCCCGUCGCGCUCGCACCCUUGCCGACACCAUCACUUCCUUACUUCCUCCCCCCGAUUGCCUCUGCCACAAACGCCGUUGUCUUCGCUGCAGCGGUGCAACUCCAGAAGGUUUCCUUCUUAGACCAGACGAUCCUUGUCAUUAUCGACAGCUUUUGACUCAGUGUUACGUCGUUAUCUCUGAGAAGGCGUCUCCAGUCUAUGAUUUUUCAAAUGAAUCCCGCUGGUCUCAGCGUCAGAUUGUGGUGAGGUGUAUCCAAAUGAUAAUCAGUACUCAGCCGGUUGAUAGCAAUUUAAUUUGCUGUGGUUUUAAUACCCUCGCCCAGUCAAGUCCCAUUGUUGAUCUUUUAACUUGUCCGGCCUGGGAUCUUCUCUUAAGCAGGGUUAGGGAUGAUAUGAUGAUUUAUCUGCUAAUGAAUAGUUCGAUAUUCUUGCUCACAUCACAGAAGAGGCACCAUCAGGUGGCAGGUCUUCCCAUCAAUAAUUUGUGCAAUAAGUUGUCAGAAUAUUCAACUGGUUCCUCAAAUCAACGUAACUUAUCUGAACUGCAGAAGAAGAGGAAAAGAGAUGGUCAUCAACCUAGUGGUUCCUUCAAUGAUCCUUUGCCUCCCGUUCAUGCCAGAUAUUUUUCUGGGUGUGAAAGUAGCUAUGUCCAAUCAUCAUGCUGGCAUCAAGAGGACAAACAGUCCCAUUUAUCAAACGUAAUCAGUCAAUCGAUCAGUAUGCCUAAUCGGACUCAUGAAAAUAAUUCAAAUGAGCAAUCAGAAAAGUCUAGCCAGUCUGUUACAGAACUUGGAAAGCGACGAAGGCCAUUUAGAUGGCAACGGAAAAGACAGCGUAGGCUUUUAGAUCCUGGUAAUAAUUGUAAUUCGAUUCCUUGCACAUCAACGUAUUCUGGUAAGAAUACCUUGCAUGCGAAGCCUCCACAUCAGUUGAGUUACCAGUCAUGCCACUCCCACAUGCAAUCUCGAAAGAUUACAAAAGAGGUUUACAUUAACAGGAAAUCUAUGUUUUACAACCUGGACAGUUCAACAAAUCUUCUGAAAGGAAAUAUACUUGGUUCGUUAAGGCCAAACUUUGCUGGUUCAGAGAGUCUUGCUGGAUAUAUAUUUGGUUCAUACAUUGCAAACGGAAAUACUCCUUCCUCAUUACUCUUCUGCAACAGUGGCACCUGUCCAUUUGGAUCAAAAUGCGUAUAUCGUUCACUUACCAAAUUGCUCAAAGUUCUGAUACGUAGAAGUCGUAAUUGUCAAUACGUUAGAUUGUUGGAUAAGCACUGUGGUGCCCCAUCAUUAGAACAAAUAUCCACUGGAAAUUCGGGCUCCAUGGUUGAGUGUCAUAGAAGUGAGUCGAAUACGGAAAUUGGCGAAGACACUGGUGGUUCUGAUGCCAUACGAAGCGAGGAUUAUCUAGAAGCAAUUGAUCCUCAAUUUGCAGCGAAAAUCUAUUGCCCCAAAAAUCAGGUGGUCUCAUUCAUAUGGGCUGUCUGUCGGAGUAUAGUUCCUCCAGAUAUGCUUGGUACCUGUUCUAAUUGGAGAAUAUUAAGGAGAAAUAUUUUCAAGUUUAUAAAAUUACGAAGAUUUGAAAGCUUUUCCUUGAAGCAAGCUAUGCAUCAAUUGAAAACCUCACGGUUUUCAUUUUUAUCAGAUAAAAGUUCAUGUUGCCAGAAUGGUAGGGUGUUGAACUCUGCGGAGAAGAGGAAGUUUAUCGAAAGUUGGAUUUAUUGGUUAUUUUCACAUUUGAUUGUACCAUUGAUACAAGCACACUUCUAUGUCACCGAAACUGAAUUUGGGAGACAAGAUGUUUAUUUUUUCCGGAAGUCGAUAUGGGAAAAAUUAACAAAAGGUGCCACGACUAGCUUUAAAAAUAAAGGUUAUUGUUACUUGAAUGACUCGACUGUCAGAGAUAUUCUGAAAAAUAGAUCAUUUGGUUUCUCCAAACUUAGGCUUUGUCCAAAAGAAAAUGGAGUAAGGAUUCUGGCAAAUCUCAAGGCAUAUUCAAAAAUGCCGACAGAAAAUGGCGGAUCUUGUGGCGGAUUUGGAGAGAAAAAGCCUGUCGAGUUUAAGUACUACAAGUCCGUAAAUAAUGUUCUUAGAGACACUCACGCUGUUCUGAAAGGUAUUAAGUUAAAAGAACCAGAGCUAUUGGGAUCGUCAGUAUUUGAUUACAAUGAUGUCUAUCAAAAGUUACGUCUGUUUUUACCUGGCGUGAAGAAGGCUAAAGCUUCCAUGCCGGACUUAUUCCUUGUCGUUUCUGAUGUAUCAAAUGCUUUUGAUUCUGUUGAUCAAGAUAAGCUGCUUGAUGUGAUGAAAACUAUUAUCGUGAAAGAUGAGUAUCAUCUUAAACAGUACCAUCAGAUUUUAUGCACAAAGAAGACUAUGUGGGCUCAUGAGAAUGUAAUGUUGAUUGAUCCAAAUAUCAGUCCAAGAUUUUCUUCUUCACAAUUUCGUUCCUUGCAUAGCGUCCUUGUUAAUCAGGAACGGAGCAGCUUCGUAAACAAGAAUGACUUCAUUCGUAUCCUACAUGAGCACGUGAAGCGAAAUGUUAUGCAAUUUGAUAAAAAGUUUUACAUACAAAGAACAGGUAUUUCUCAAGGAAGUGUUUUGUCAUCUUUUCUCUGCUCAUUGUACUUUGGAGAUUUAGAGAGGAAGGUACUUUUUCCAUUUCUUGGAAAAGUUAUUGCAUCUAGGGCUAAUGAAGUAUCUUUGGGACAAAAUCGUUUUGACCCUUCUAUUUCCCCAAGUAGCAACGUGGAUGAAAUGAUAACAAAUCCUGGCUAUAUGCUGCUUAGAUUUAUUGAUGAUUUCCUUUUCAUAUCGUCCUCGAAGCUGCUGGCAGAAAAAUUCUUAUGCAGAGUUCACAGAGGAUUCCGGGCAUAUAAUUGCUACAUGAAUGAAAGAAAGUUUGGUAUGAACUUUGAUGUGGCCAAUACAUACCGAAUCGUCUCCAAAAGAGUGUAUGUUGGUAAAGAUGGUGUUUCAUUUCUUCGAUGGGCUGGUUUGCUCAUCAACUGCCAGACUCUCGAAAUUCAGGCAGAUUACACAAAGUAUUUGAAUAACCACUUAAGUUCAAGCCUAACCGUUUCCUGGCAAGGCAAACCGGGACAUAAUCUAAAGGAAAAGCUGUGUGACUAUUUAAGGCCCAAAUGUCAUCCAAUAUUUUACGAUACGAAUAUCAAUACUGCUGCAGUUGUGAGAUUAAACAUUUUUCAAGCAUUUCUAAUAUGUGCAAUGAAGUUCCAUUGCUACAUAUGCCAGUUAUCAUAUAUAUGCAAAUUCAGCAGAAAUUUUCUCUUAAAGAUCAUCCUAAGAUCUCUAAGGUACAUGGAUGUGCUCAUAAAGAAUAAGAUGUCUUCUAUUCAGCUCGAUUCUCUUCCACGUCCAAGUCUGCAGCUAGAGGAUGAAGAAGUUGAAUGGCUAGGACUAAAUGCUUAUGUUCAAGUAUUGACAAGGAAACAGGCACGGCAUACUCGGUUACUAUCAUUGUUAAAAUCGAGAUUAUUGGCUCAUCGGUUGUCGGACUGCAUCUCCUCGGAUUGUAUCUAUGCGGUUGAUGUCUCACGUUCAUCCUUACUCUGGGAAAUCAAGUACUAGUUUUCAGAUUGCAAGUAUUUGGUAGUUUUUGUAGCUUUACCUUUGGCAUUAGAGGAGCAGUCGUUUCAGGUUGAUUUUUGUGCAUGGAGUUGGCACUGAUGAAGAUCGAAAGGCUUUUGCCAUCCAAAAUCUGAAACUACGAGUUCUAGAUGGUAAGUAUUUGGUAGUUUUUGAAGGUUUACAAUCGACAUUAGGGGCAGUCAUUUCUGGUUGAUUUUUGUGCAUGGAGUUGACACUAAUUAGUUCUCUUGGAUUCUAUAAGGCUUCCCACUUCCGUUGGUAUCCUACUAGAAGACAAUGAAAUAUUGGCUCCAUCUUUGAAGAGCAGAAAAAGAAUUAUUCACCAAAAUUUUGAGUUUUAUUAGGAGAAUAGUUUAAGUUUAUUUCAAAAUUUCAAAUGGAGUUUAGAAAUCUUGAGUUAGAGUGAUUAAUGAAUUCUCACAAAACUACCUUAAAGAUGUUAUUCAUUGUGCUUAUAAUACAUUACUUAAAUACUCUCCCAAAGUACUUUUAAGUGUUUUUUAUCUCUA